AUCAUGAUACCUCUACUUCCAUCAAACACACCUUCCACGCAAAUCUGAAAAUAAAACACAUUUAUACUCCUGACCUUUCAAUCGCCUUCACCUAAUCGAAUUUGCACAGGUACCAUUUAAUUCCUUGCGGCUUUUAAGAUGUCUACCAGCGGCGUUAUGGAUCGCGAGCAUGCGCUGUCAACAUUCAAGGAAAAGCUAUUGGAGUCUAGAGAAUGGGAGGCAAAGCUCAAGGCUCUGCGGUUAGAAAUCAAAGGGUUGCAGAAGGACUUCGACCAUACUGAGGACAAUAUUAAAGCUCUUCAAAGUGUUGGACAAAUCAUCGGCGAGGUUUUGAAACAACUUGAUGAUGAGAGAUGUGAGUAGCCCAGUGGGAAGCUCCAUUUAACAUUGCUAAUAUGGGCAUUUCAGUUAUCGUCAAAGCAUCAUCCGGCCCCAGAUAUGUUGUCGGCUGCAGAUCGAAAGUCGACAAAUUGAAGUUGAAGCAAGGAACCCGUGUCGCGCUCGAUAUGACAACUCUCACAAUUAUGCGAAUGUUACCUCGAGAAGUCGAUCCCCUGGUUUAUAAUAUGUCUUUGGAAGAUCCUGGACAAGUGAGCUUUGGUGGGAUUGGUGGUUUGAACGAGCAAAUUAGAGAACUACGAGAAGUUAUCGAGCUGCCACUUAAGAAUCCCGAGUUAUUCUUGCGAGUUGGCAUCAAGCCUCCAAAGGGUGUUUUGUUAUAUGGACCUCCAGGAACCGGGAAGACUCUGUUAGCAAGAGCUGUUGCUAGCAGUCUGGAAACAAACUUCUUGAAGGGUAGGGACUUUCUCUAUACAUGUUGUUUUCACAGUUAUACUAAUAUGCCGCAGUUGUUUCAUCUGCUAUCGUCGAUAAAUACAUUGGAGAAUCUGCGCGUCUAAUCAGAGAAAUGUUUGGUUAUGCCAAGGAACAUGAGCCAUGUAUUAUCUUCAUGGACGAAAUUGAUGCCAUUGGUGGGCGUAGAUUUUCAGAGGGAACUUCGGCAGAUCGUGAAAUCCAGAGAACCUUGAUGGAAUUAUUGAAUCAACUCGAUGGUUUCGAUUAUUUGGGAAAGACAAAAAUUAUCAUGGCUACCAACCGUCCAGAUACGCUUGAUCCUGCGCUUCUCAGAGCUGGACGUCUCGACAGGAAGAUUGAGAUUCCUUUGCCAAAUGAGGUCGGACGAUUGGAAAUUAUGAAGAUUCACGCUUCCAGUGUAGUCAUUGAUGGCGAGGUUGACUUUGAGAGUGUGGUAAAGAUGAGUGACGGCUUGAACGGUGCUGAUUUACGAAACGUCGUCACAGAAGCGUAUGUAUUUCCUCGACACCAUUACACGAUAGCUUUGCUAACUUUCCCAGUGGUUUAUUUGCUAUCAAGGAUUACAGAGAUGCUGUUAACCAGGACGAUUUUAAUAAAGCAGUUCGCAAAGUGGCAGAAUCAAAGAAAUUGGAGGGCAAGCUGGAAUACCAAAAACUAUGAUUGCUACAUAGAUUGUGUUUUAGCAUGGCGUAUCGCAUAAUUGAGGUUGGUUGGGCAUAUAGCUUGACUUUGUAAGAAUAUUACAUGAAAGAGAGCUUCCUCGGAAUUCCAUGAAGUUGUACCAACGCGAAGACUUGCCAUAAAUAAA